UUAUUUAUUUAUUAGUGGCCCUAAUGAAGAGAAAUAAUUGUUUUGUCUGAGUCCUCAUGAAAAAAAAAAAAAAAACUAGCGAAAUUUUGUCCCUCUGGGAGUUCCAUACCUCCCUUCCCUUUCUCUCCGCUGUGACGUUCCGGUGGUUUAAAGCUUUUAUCCGCGCCUCCAAUCGUUCUCCUCUCGUCUUCUUUCCCUCAGCUGCUCCUCCUCCUUCUUCUUCUUUUCACAUUCAUGCUUCUCACAAAGCUGAACACCAGCCAAUGCUCCACAUCACUUCUGCCCUGGGUGUGUGUCCCAUGCCUGGGAAGCACAACAAAAUCAAGGGUUUCACUUGAGAGUGACCGGAGGAGUGAGACGAAGACGAAGACAUUGAUUCCUUAUUCUAAUACUCACUUUACUUUCACUUUACUCUGAGCCUAAAUCUCAUCUCAUGACGUUAAGUGACAGAGAUCAGGAAGAAAACAUCUGUGAGAAGCUAUGAAUGAGUCGCUGGUGGUGAAUGACUCCUUAUCAACUCCUGCUCCUGAAGAGGUGCUCUCAUGGUUGCCGGCUGAGUCAGUAGACGGCAAUGAAAGUUUGGAGUUCUCCACCGCCGCCUUAGGUUUCCCCGUCAACCCGUGGGACAUCAUGCUGUGCAUGUCGGGCACCGUCAUCGCCUGUGAGAACGCCAUAGUGGUAGCAAUCAUCUUCUACACGCCCACCUUAAGGACUCCCAUGUUCGUGCUGAUAGGGAGCCUGGCGACGGCCGACCUGCUGGCCGGCAUGGGAUUAAUCCUGAACUUUGUGUUUCAAUACGUCAUCUCCUCUGAGACUAUCAGCCUCAUCACUGUGGGCUUUUUAGUUGCCUCCUUUACGGCAUCCAUCAGUAGCCUUUUAGCCAUCACAGUGGACCGUUACUUCUCCCUCUACAAUGCGCUGACAUAUUUCUCAGAGAAGACGCUGCAGUAUGUGCAUUUGAUGUUAAUUGGGACCUGGGGUGUGUCUCUUUUGCUGGGUUUGCUGCCUGUGCUCGGUUGGAAUUGCCUGGACGACCCUUCCUCCUGCAGCAUCGUGCGCCCUUUGACCCGGAGCAACGUCACACUGUUGGCCACUUCCUUCUUCGCCAUUUUUGUGCUGAUGCUGACCCUCUACUUCAAGAUCUGCAAGAUCGUCUGCCACCAUGCCCACCAGAUUGCCCUACAGCAGCACUUUUUUGCCACUUCGCAUUAUGUGGCCACCAAGAAGGGGGUGUCAACUUUAGCCAUUAUCUUGGGAACUUUCGGAGCCAGUUGGCUUCCCUUUGCCAUCUACUGUCUGGUGGGUGAAAGGGGGUAUCCGCCGGUGUACACUUAUGCUACACUGCUGCCAGCAACCUACAACUCCAUGAUCAACCCAAUCAUCUACGCCUACAGAAACGCUGAGAUCCAACGUUCCAUUUACAUGCUUCUGUGUGGCUGCUUUCAGGGCAGCAGUGCCUACCGGUCCAGGUCCCCUAGUGAGGUUUAAAAAGGUGCUUUUUCUUCAUACGUGACUGUGACGAAAAGACUGAGCAAGAAGACAAACCAUCUUUUGACAAUCUGCUUACUGUGACAGUGAAUGCUUUACAGACAGAGGAGGCUUGCAUUCCCUACCUGCACUUUAACAUGUCUCCACAAAAGUUAGUGUACAGACAUGCUGUGAACAAGUUUAUUUAAAAGGACAAACCUGUGAAUGUAUUUAAAAAAAACUGAUAAAUGGAAACUUUGCACUUUAUUUUGUUGUUGUUUUUUAAAUGCCAAAGCAGAUUUGAAUGGUCCUUAAUGUGUUAAAAAAAAGAACUCAUUUGUGUAUUUUGUGCCAUUUUUCUAACUUGUGUUUUGUCUUUGAAUGUGAUUUGCUACACGUGAAAUAAAGGUGUUAAAAACCC